AUGGGAACAUCAUGUGAAUUUAGUAAUAGUUCUUCGCAUACUAAUCCAGCAUUGGACUUGCUUGAAGUUGAUGAUUCUGAUGAUGUCGGCACAAGAAAAACUCUAAAGUCCGAUAUCAAUGAAGUUGAAGACGGGGAUGAACCAGAGAAAGAAAACGUUUCAAUGAAGACUGACUCUACGUCCGAAUCAAUUAGCAAUCAUCACCAAUCCGUAAUUGUCAUCGAGGAACAGAAUGAGCCUGAAGGCCUGCAGUUGGAUAUAGUUUCCAACAGUCAAGAUGACAAAAAGGAAUCUAAAACAAAUAGCUACGAAAAGGUACAUGGAGAGAGUGUCAUAAAAAAUCUUAUGGCUUCUUCUGUAGACAAUAGUGAACCGAACGAGAUCGAGAGAACAUCAGCCGACCAGUUGAAGAAAGAGUUGAUACAUUCUGGUGCUGUCAGAGAUGGCCAUACUGGAGAGCCUAGAGCUGUUGCUUCUCAGACUAGCGCUGUAAUUUUGCAAGGGGAAGCUGAUAGUGGAUCCGUUAAACCUCAACUCGAUACAACUGUAGGUGAUGUUUCGUUCGAUUCUAGUAGUCGAACUGAUAGUUUGGAAGGCCACUGGGGAUCUGUUUCAGUGCUGUCAACCCAAUCCGACAACCCGGCUGCCAUUGACACUGAGACUUUACCAUCUACCGCAUCACAAGCACUUUCGGAAGGAGGGAAAGCAAACAUAAAGAGGUCGAAACCGGCAUCUGAAGAACAUUUCGAUGAAUUGAGCGAGUUCGAUCCACCAUCUUUCAUGACAUUGGUUGAAGUUGGAGGCAGUAGCGACCCUAAAGACACCGCUGUUUCCAAAACCCCGACAGGACAGAAUGCCGAAAACACUAGAGCCGGCUGGUUCCCUUCACUCACUCAUGCGGCCAAUGAGUCUCAAGGAAGAAAAAAGAAUGAAAAGAUCAUAGAAAAGGUGGCUAACUGGAAUGUAAACAGGCACAGUCCUCUGAAGAACUUAGCCGAUGAUAGUGAACCCAAACCCAAGUCCUCGAACCCGAACCCAGCUGCUUUGGGUCCAAGAGACGAUGGAACCACGGGUGCCAAAGUGAGCUCGACUGUGGACCCUGAAACACCUAUGGCUGAGCUAGCCCAUGUUGAAACAGAGAAAGAAUGGAACUCUCCACCGGGGUAUCUGUCUGGUAUUAAGAGAGAAAAAAGGAAAGGUAGGCCAUUUUGGGUACAGUUUGCAUGCUGCUCCUCUGUAAAUUAG